UUAGACACAAAGGUGUCUUUUGCGUCAAACGAUUUCUCUUCUUCUAAAAACAAUUCUCACGGUCGUUCCCUUCUCUUUUGCCGACUCUUUCUCUUUCACUUUCACUUCUGGAAGCUCGGGAUUCACAAGUUUCACGAGCUUGAUGGGGAAGAAAGAAUCCAUUCCAUUUGGCAGAGCUUACAAUUUCUUGGUGCCUCAAGAUCAAACUCCAAACAACCCUAUGCUACCACAUUGUGAUACAACUAUGCAGGUUGCUGCACAGGCUUUUUCAGAAAUGGUACACAGAAGAAACCCAGAUUUCAACAAAUUAUUUGCUAGAAACUCAAAGCCUGAUUCAAGUUUAAUGACUGGCGAAUCAAGAGAAUAUGGAAACCAGUCUUCUUCACCAAAAAAUGAUAGGGAUGGAACCUCAAUGAGUGCAACAAGUGGAAGCAUGAGAUCGGCAGAUGGAGAUCAAGAUGACAGUAACAAAGAUUCUCCUUUAAGCAAGAAGCAGAAAUCUAACAUGAUUACUGAGGAUGAAAAUCCAUCUGGACUGGCACAGAAUUUGGGGACAGCCGUCAAGGAAUCUGACACUGACCUUGAUGUUGAUACUCAACUAAAAAAUAUGGAAGAUGAUGAAAGAAGAAAAGAAAGAAAAAGACUGUCGAACAGGAAAUCAGCUAAAAGAUCAAAGAUAAAGAAACAGAAAGAAUAUGAAGAGCAAUGUCAAAAGAUAAACACUCUUAAGGAUGAAAAUUCGGUCCUAACACAUACGCUUACUGAGCUUUCAGAGAAAUGUCUCGAGCUCACCGAUGAAAACGAUUCUAUUGAGGAAGAGCUAGUUAGGAUGUAUGGACCAGAAUCAAUUGCAGAUCUCUUGCACAUGAAGCCUACCUGAAACAGUUUAUGAUAAGAAGCAUAUCAGAAUGUAUAAUGUUUUUUUUUAUUUGGGCUGGACUUGUAUUUUGGCCCUGCUUUAAUUUGUUAAUCAAUAUUACACAUUUAAGAUAAUAUCUUAUCACAAAAAUUGA